AUGGCAGAAAACUUCGAGCUAGGGAACCCCCUGAUCCCCUCCCUUAUGAUCCCCACGGAGUUUGAUAACUCGUGGACCCGCUGGAUUGCCAGUAAGGGGGGUCUAUAUGAAUUUAAAAAAGAGAGUGGGGGGAAAUGGACUGGCAUAUGCAGAGCGAUGGUAGAAACCGAGGCUCUGAGAAACAGUAAUAAAAGUAAAAAAGCAAGAAUUUUGCAACUCAUGUCUAUGGCAGUGAGAUGGCUCAGACAGCAUGCUGGCAUGCUGGCCAAACAAGUCAUAGAAAAAACAGGAGAAGUAGAAGAGGUAACCCGGGCAGUCGAGCACUGGAAAGCCCAAGCUCUGUUAGCAGGGCAACAGGCGGUCCAAACUCAUGAUAUGCUCGAGCAAGUCAAGCAGGAAAAUAAAAAAUUGGAAACAACUGUAGAAAACCUGCAGAAGCAAAAAGUGCCGUCCCCUGGGGUUCAGCGUUCUUCAAGUGCUGUUACAGUGCCUGAGGAAUGGGGACAGAAAUGGAAACAGGUGGCCCUUGCCAAGUUAAAAGAUGGAACAUGGGACAGUUGGGAUGGAUGUUGCAAUGGGGACAUGUGGAAUGACUCUGUUAAAACAUACUGUCAUGACCCAUGGGCAGGGGCUACUGCACCGCAACCGCCACCUUAUGAUAAAAGCCAGGUUCCAGUUAAACUUAAACUGAGACCUAGACUGGUGCCUGUCAGAACGGGACAAGUAAGUGCACAGAAGGAAAGAGUAGCAAACAAUACUUUCACAGAAUUGGUAAAUCAGAUGAAGGAAAAUAUGGAACAGUUCACAGAGCACAUUAGGAGACAGGACCUGCGACUCGAUCGCAGGGCACUGAAUAAAAAAGAAUUUCAAAGAGGAAAGGACAGACGAAGUGGCCUCAUUCUGACAAUUCCAUUAUGCCUUGAACAGACAAACAUGGAUGAGCUGAGUGUUACCCUAGACUAUCUGCUAAGCAUUCCAAGUGAAAAGUGUAAAGCUAGAGGAUUUACUGUGAUAGUCGAUGGCAGAAAAUCUCAAUGGAAUGUGGUAAAGACGGUUGUGUUAAUGCUCCAGAAUGUUGUUCCAGCUGAGGUGUCGCUUGUUUGUGUAGUAAAACCUGAUGAAUUUUGGGACAAGAAGGUUACACAUUUUUGUUUUUGGAAAGAGAAAGAUAGACUUGGCUUUGAGGUUAUUUUAGUAUCUGCCAACAAGUUGACUCGAUACAUAGAACCAUGCCAGCUGACAGAAGAUUUUGGAGGGAGCCUUUCCUAUGAUCACAUGGACUGGUUGAAUAAGAGGCUGGUAUUUGAAAAGUUUACAAAAGAGUCUACAUCGUUACUAGAUGAGCUUGCUUUAAUUAACAAUGGAAGUGAUAAAGGAAACCAACAGGAGAAAGAAAGGUCUAUGGAUUUAAACUUUCUUCCAUCUGUUGAUCCAGAGACAGUACUACAGACAGGUCAUGAGCUAUUAUCAGAGUUACAGCAGCGUCGGUUUAAUGGUUCAGAUGGAGGGGUCUCAUGGUCUCCCAUGGAUGAUGAACUGCUUGCUCAGCCACAGGUCAUGAAGCUAUUAGAUUCACUCCGAGAACAGUAUACGCGUUACCAGGAAGUUUGUAGACAACGUAGCAAGCGCACACAGCUAGAGGAGAUUCAACAGAAGGUAAUGCAGGUAGUGAAUUGGCUUGAAGGACCUGGAUCAGAACAACUACGAACCCAGUGGGGGAUAGGUGAUUCAAUUAGAGCCUCACAAGCUUUGCAACAGAAACAUGAAGAGAUUGAGAGUCAACACAGUGAGUGGUUCGCCGUAUAUGUGGAGCUUAAUCAGCAGAUUGCAGCACUGCUAAAUGCUGGGGAUGAGGAGGACCUGGUAGAGUUGAAAGCACUACAGCAACAGUUGAGCGAUGUCUGUUAUCGGCAGGCCAGUCAGCUGGAAUUUAGGCAAAAUCUGUUACAAGCAGCGCUUGAAUUCCAUGGUGUUGCCCAAGAUUUGUCUCAGCAGUUAGAUGGCUUAUUAGGGAUGUUGUGUGUAGAUGUAGCACCAGCUGAUGGAGCAUCAAUUCAGCAAACUUUAAAACUGCUUGAAGAGAAGCUGAAAAGUGUUGACUUAGGCCUGCAAGGCUUGCGUGAAAAAGGCCAAGGUCUUCUUGACCAGAUAUCUAACCAAGCAUCCUGGGCCUAUGGAAAAGAUGUAACCAUAGAAAACAAAGAAAAUGUGGACCACAUCCAGGGAGUGAUGGAAGAUAUGCAGCUUAGAAAACAACGGUGUGAGGACAUGGUAGAUGUGCGACGGCUAAAGAUGCUUCAGAUGGUUCAGUUAUUUAAAUGUGAAGAAGAUGCUGCUCAGGCAGUAGAAUGGUUAAGUGAACUGUUGGAUGCUCUGCUUAAGACCCACAUCAGAUUGGGAGAUGAUUCUCAAGAAACCAAAGUUUUGUUGGAAAAGCAUCGAAAGUUUUUUGAUGUUGCACAGAGUACUUAUGAUUAUGGGAGACAGUUACUACAGGCUACAGUUGUACUGUGCCAGUCUCUGCGAUGCACUUCUAGGUCCUCAGGAGACACACUUCCGAGACUAAACAGAGUAUGGAAACAGUUUACAAUAACUUCUGAAGAGAGAGUACACAGGUUGGAAAUGGCUAUUGCAUUUCAUUCAAAUGCUGAAAAGAUUUUGCAAGAAUUUCCAGAGCAGCCGGAAGCCAUUAAUGAAAUGGAGCAAUUUGAUGAAAUUGAAGCAGUUGGGAAAUCACUGUUGGACAGAUUAACAGUGCCUGUAGUUUAUCCUGAUGGUUCUGAGCAGUACUUUGGGAGCCCAAGUGACAUGGCUUCUACAGCAGAACACAUUAGAGAGAAGAUAAAGCUACUUAGCCUGAAAAAGCAGCAGCUGAGACAACCAGAAGCCACUACCCCAGAGAGCUAA